AUUAUCCCUAAUGUUUAGGAAAUACAUCAAAUAUUAUGGAUAUUUCUGAGAUUCAUAAAUAAAAAUGGAAACUUUGAUAGUAUAACUUAAAAAAGAGAAAAAAAAAAUAGAUUGAUUUCGCUUUGCUUCUUAUCAUCGUCUGUAUUUAAUCUUCUCCAAAUGGAACAAAACCCUAAGGGUUCUUGUAAGAACCAAUCGCCGCCGGAUUGAUUUCUCUUAAUGUUUUUUUUUCUUUUUUUAUUUUAUCUCAGUGCACCAUUCAUCACUCACUUACUGUUUCUUCUUUCUCUGGCUGUUCUUUCCAACUUUAAUUUUGUUCUUGUGUAUAUAUUAUCCUCUGGGUAGGAAUUUCUUGUCUAUAAUUAUGGAAACCGAUUCUGGGGAACUUAGACUGAAUUUCACAAUCUUGUCUUUAGUUUGAUUCUUGGGGUGGUUUUGUCUCGGCUUCAGAAGUGACUUGUGCAGUUUUUAAGAGAAAAGCUUAAUCUUUUUUCUUCUUUUUUUCUUCUUCCAGUAACUGCAAGUUAGAAUUUUCUGAAGUUGCUAAUAUGGGGUGUGGCUGUUUACGCUCUGGGAUGGGAAAAGUUUGAGUUUUUGUGUUGUUUUCUGGAUUAGGGUUUGAUUUCUGGUGGUGGGUAGUAAUCAGUUUCUGCUAUAUGAGGUUGAUGAUUAGUGGGUGGUGAUCAAAUUGAGAUUUUGAAAAAUGUUGUCUGAAUUGGGAAGAAGACCUAUGCUUGGGAGUAACGAGGGUUCUUUUGGUGAUGAAUUGGAGAAAGAGAUAGGGAUGUUACUUCGUGAGCAACGCAGACAAGAGCCUGAUGAUCGUGAGCGAGAGCUUAAUAUUUUUAGGAGUGGAUCGGCGCCUCCAACUGUGGAGGGUUCUUUGAGUGCCGUUGGAGGGUUGUUUGCUGGUGGUGGUGGUGGUGGUCCUGCUACUGGUGCUCCUGCUGCCUUUUUGGAGUUUCGAGGAGCGAAGGAUGUGAAUGGGAUUGCUUCUGAGGAAGAGCUUAGGUCUGAUCCAGCGUAUCUUUCAUACUACUACUCCAAUGUGAAUUUGAAUCCUAGGCUGCCACCUCCUUUGCUGUCAAAGGAGGAUUGGAGAUUUCAACAAAGACUUAAAGGUGGAGCUUCUGCUCUAGGUGGAAUUGGAGAUAGGAGGAAAGUGAACAGGACUGAUGAUAAUGCUGGAAGAUUGCUUUUUGCUACCCCACCAGGUUUUAACAUGAGGAAACUAGAGAGUGAGGUGGAUAAUGAAAAAACAAGAGGUUCGGCCGAGUGGGGUGGUGAUGGACUGAUUGGUUUGCCUGGACUAGGGCUGAGCAAACAGAAGAGCUUUGCAGAAUUUUUUCAGGAUGAUUUGGGGCAUAAUACCUCUAUCACACGCCUUCCUUCUCGCCCAGCCAGUCGUAAUGCAUUUGAUGAAAAUGAUAUCAUUAGUUCUGCUGAACCAGAGUUGGCUCAUGUACGUCAUGAGUCCACUCCCACUGAUGCACUAAGGUCAGGAUCAAAUGUUCAAGGAUCAUCUGCAGCCCAAAAUGUUGGCUUACCAGCUUCAUAUUCUUAUGCUGCUGCAGUAGGAUCUUCCUUGUCAAGAAGCACUACUCCUGAUCCACAACUUAUUGCUAGGGCUCCCAGUCCCUGCAUCACUCCCAUUGGUGGCGGCAGAGCCAUUGCUUCUGACAAGAGAGCUAUUGCCAAUCCAGAUGCAUUUAAUGGUGUUUCAUCUGGCAUCAAUGAGUCAGCAGAUCUUGUGGCUGCAUUAUCAGUGAUGAACUUGUCAGCAGAUGAUGUGUUAGAUGGUGAAAACCAUUUCCCAUCACAAGUUGAAUCAGAUGUAGAUAGUCAUCAGAGAUAUCUUUUUGGUAGGCAAGGUGGUCAGGAUCAUGGGAAGCAACAGGCUUAUUUAAAGAAAUCUGAAUCAGCACACUUGCAAAAUUCAAGUAAGAGCAGCAGGAGUGGAUCAGGUCUCAACAAUCCAUCCUUGGAUAGGCAGGUUGAGCUACAAAAGUCUACUGUUCCUUCCAAUAACUCAUACUUCAAAGGAUCGCCUACCUCCCAUUUUAGUGGAGGAGGAAGUAUGCCACCUCAGUACCAGCCUUUAGAUGGUACAAAUUCAUCAUUUACUAACUAUGGUAUGAGUGGCUAUGCUGGAAAUCCAGCAUUGGCAUCCUUGAUGACUAACCAACUAGGCACUGGUAAUCUGCCACCCUUGUUUCAAAAUGUUGCUGCGGCAUCAGCAAUGGCUGCCCCUGGAAUGGACUCGAGAAUUCUUGGAUGUGGUUUGGCUUCUGGAACUGCUGCUCCAUCUGAAGUGCAUAAUCUUGGUAGGAUGGGAAAUCAAAUUCAAGGCAGUGCUCUUCAGGCUCCUUUUGUCGAUCCCAUGUAUCUUCAGUACCUGAGGACAUCUGAGUUUGCUGCAGCACAACUUGCUGCUCUCAAUGACCCCUCUGUGGACAGGAACUACUUGGGCAAUUCAUACAUGAAUUUGCUUGAGCUCCAGAAAGCUUAUCUUGGGUCUGUCCUCUCACCUCAGAAAUCCCAAUACAAUGUACCGCCGGGUGGUAAAUCAGGCAGCUUCACUCCUCAUGGUUAUUAUGGAAAUCCUGCAUAUGGUGCUGGGUUGUCUUACCCAGGAAGUCCUAUGGCAAACUCUGUUGUGUCCACUUCUCCAGUUGGAUCUGGAAGUCCUGUUAGGCACAAUGAACUGAAUAUGCAUUUUGCUUCUGGAAUGAGGAAUUUAGCUGGGGUCAUGGGACCUUGGCAUGUAGAUAAUGAGAACAUUGAUGAAAGUUUUGCUUCUUCUCUGUUGGAAGAGUUUAAAAGCAAUAAAACGAAGUGUUUUGAGCUGUCUGAAAUUGCUGGUCAUGUUGUUGAAUUCAGUGCGGAUCAAUACGGGAGUCGAUUUAUUCAACAAAAGCUUGAAACAGCUACUACAGAAGAAAAAAACAUGGUUUAUCUGGAAAUCAUGCCACAUGCCCUUGCUUUGAUGACUGAUGUCUUUGGUAAUUAUGUGGUUCAAAAGUUUUUUGAGCAUGGACUUGCAUCCCAGAGAAGAGAAUUAGCCAACAAACUUCUUGGCCAUGUUCUGACACUUAGCCUUCAAAUGUAUGGUUGCCGUGUCAUCCAGAAGGCCAUCGAAGUUGUUGAUCUGGAUCAGAAGAUAGAGAUGGUUCAAGAGCUUGAUGGUAAUGUUAUGCGCUGUGUACGUGAUCAGAAUGGUAAUCAUGUCAUUCAGAAGUGUAUUGAAUGUGUCCCUGAAGAUGCAAUCCACUUUAUUGUGUCAACAUUUUUUGAUCAAGUUGUGACACUCUCAACCCAUCCAUAUGGUUGCCGGGUGAUACAGCGAGUGCUGGAACACUGCAAAGACCCUACAACACAACAGAAAGUUAUGGAUGAAAUUUUAGGAGCAGUUAGCAUGUUAGCUCAGGAUCAGUAUGGCAACUACGUUGUUCAGCAUGUGCUGGAACAUGGGAAGCCUCAUGAGCGUUCUUCUAUAAUAAAGGAAUUAGCAGACAAGAUAGUGCAAAUGAGUCAACAGAAGUUUGCCUCCAAUGUUGUGGAGAAAUGUUUGACCUUUGGAGGUCCUUCUGAACGCCAAUUACUAGUGAGUCAGAUGCUUGGCACCACAGAUGAAAACGAACCUCUUCAGGCGAUGAUGAAAGAUCAAUUUGCAAAUUACGUUGUACAAAAGGUGCUGGAAACUUGUGAUGAUCAACAGCGCGAGCUGAUUCUUUCCCGAAUUAAGGUUCAUUUGAAUGCAUUGAAAAAGUACACCUAUGGAAAGCACAUUGUCUCUCGUGUAGAAAAACUUGUUGCAGCUGGAGAAAGGAGAAUUGCGGCUCAGGCUCCUCCUCAACCUGCUUAGGUGCUUAGAAAAUAAUCUUGUACAGCUAACUGAGGCUAGUGUGCCGCUUCUUCUUCCUCUUUCUCUCCCAGAUCAAGAGGUUAUGUAGCGAAUUGGAAAUAAAGUGUUCGGUUGUACUGCAAAACUGUACAUUUUGUAGCUUUAAGUUUAUACAAAGAAUUUAAGCGAGAAAUGAGGCUCAUCAGAUGUUUUAAUGCACCUGAUGCCCCCUGCAGAGGAGAUAAAAUGAAAUGACUAUACAAGCCUUUUUAUGGUGUAAAGAUUAUAAAAUGGUGAGGUAGUUUAUAAGUUGACCUGACUGUACAAAAUGAUGGCAUGUGGAGGUCUGUUCUUGUUUAGACGAGGCCAGUUUUUCUUCUUUUUCUUUUAAUCAUGUAUGGUUAUUGACUUUGUUUCCCCCUUUCAAGAGUAUAAUUUUUCUUGCAAGUUUCCACA